GGGCUGGCUGUACAACUCGAUUUCCAAGUUUCCUCAAUUCAACUCUUCUGCAAAGAUAGCUUUCUGAUAAGGUAUCGCUCUGUCGAAGACUCCCUGCUGGGGCAAGCCCGCGCUCUGUUCCCUUACGUCUACUUUCCUCAUCUCUCCGUCUCGCUCCCAUUAUGGCUUCCAAGGUGCUCCAGACAAACUUCGAUGUUGACUAUGUCAUUAGCUACCGGGUGCCCAACGAUGACAAAGAAGCUGGCGUCACCCAGUUCAAGAAGCUCAUUCGAGCUCUCACUGAGACCGGGCUGACCACCGAAGUACGACGCGGCGAUGAAACGUCCCUCCUGGUCUUUGUCAAGGCUGCCGACGAGAAGAUAUUUGCAGACGUGGUAUAUCGGUCGAGAAUAAAAGACUGGUUACACGGAGUUCGACAACUUCAACCCAGCAAUGACGCAGCCCAGACCCUUACCUCCGAGCCUCUCACCAUUGCCGAGCGUCAUCGACACAUUCACCACAUGAUAUGCUGCCCACGUGAAGAAGGAGGAGCUGGCAUCACACCAAAACACGGCGAAUGGAAGAAUGUUGAAGCUGUGUUUCCCUUACACGACCACGUCAAAAACAAGGCAUGGCUGACCGAGUUCACACGCAAGACGUUUCUAACACCCGAUGAUCUGGACGAAAUCCGCAACACCGUCGGCGAAAAGAUUGGCUACUACUAUGCAUUCCUGCAAUCUUACUUCUCCUUCAUGAUCUUCCCCGCUGCCUUCGGCUUCUCCUGCUGGGUGCUCCUGGGCAGCUACUCACCUAUCUACGCAAUUGUCAAUGGCCUGUGGUGUGUCAUAUUCGUUGAAUACUGGAAACGUCAAGAACGAGAAUUGGCUAUUCGAUGGAACGUCAAGAGGGUUUCUUUGAUCGAGGACAAACGCAGAGAAUUUGAACCGGAAAAGGUCACCACGGACCCUGUUACGGGCGAAAAGGUUGCGUACUUCCCCGCAAUGAAGCGACUCCAGAGACAACUCCUCCAGAUCCCACUAGCAGCCUUGUGCGUUGUUGCACUCGGGGCAGUCAUCUGCACCUGCUACGCCAUUGAAAUCUUCAUCUCCGAAGUCUACGACGGCCCUCUGAAGUCCAUCCUCGUCUUCCUUCCCACCAUUCUCCUCACCCUUGCCGUCCCCACUAUCAGCAAUUUCCUGACUGGAUUUGCCGAAAAGCUUACGUUCUACGAAAACUACGAGACCCAGGAUGCCCAUGACAAGGCGAUGAUCUCCAAGGUCUUCGUCAUCAACUUUAUCACCUCGUACACAGCCAUCUUCUUAACUUCUUUCGUGUAUGUCCCUUUCGCCUCCCUCUUGGUGCCUUAUCUGGAUAUCUUCGGUUUGACAGUCAAACCAUUCGCCGAGGACGAAAAGCAGCUUCAGACCCCGUCUCCGGCGGCCUUCAGCAUCAACCCCAACCGCCUACGCAACCAGAUGAUCUAUUUCGCCGUCACCGCCCAAGUCGUCAAUUUCGCCAUGGAGACAGUCAUGCCAGUCGUCACACAGAGGGGAACCAAGAAGUUCAAGGAAAUCAAAUCCCAGCGUGCGGAGAAGCAGGGCGGCACCACACCUUCCGUCGCGGACCACGAUCCACCCGAGGAGAAGGAAUUCCUCACUCGAGUCCGCGAAGAGGCUGCUCUUCCAGAAUACGAUGUCACCUCAGACCUACGGGAGAUGUGCAUGCAGUUCGGCUACCUCUCGCUCUUCAGUGUGAUAUGGCCACUCACACCAGUCUCCUAUUUUAUCAAUAAUUGGAUUGAGUUGAGAGGAGACACCUUCAAACUGACGGUCGAAUGCCGACGGCCCAAUCCUGCCCGAGCAGAUACCAUUGGUCCUUGGCUCGAUAGUCUCGAGUUCCUCGCCUGGCUUGGCAGCAUCACCUCUGCGGCGCUGGUCUACAUGUUUUCGGGUGGUGACGGACAUGGGCCGGAUGGCAGACCUCAUGCGAUGAAACUGUGGGCACUCCUGCUCAGCGUCUUUGUCUCUGAGCAUACCUUCCUGUUGGUGCGACUGUUGGUCAGGACAGCGAUCAGCAAACUCGACUCUGCGGCCAUGCGCAAGGAACGCAGCGAACGCUUCAUGGUCCGUCGCAAGUACCUCGAGGAAGCUGGGCUGGGCCACGCUGUCAAACCCCUCGCCUCGCCUCCUAACAGCCCAUUGGUGACCGAAACCGGAGAGCACGCAUUCGCUAGUAUCACGAGACAGAGUCUGGAAGAAGAUGCAAGGAAUCAGAGUGCAUCUACGACCAACACUGCGGAAAGUUCAUCCGAGAGGUUUUGGAUGCGGCAGCGUAAUUGGGCAGAGUGUGAGAGGGUCGGUCUAGCCAUGAUUGACUUGAUGGACCUAGGGACGAGCAAAGGGAAGAAGGUACAAUGAUUACAGCCACCACUACGAGGUAUUUUAGCAACAGGUUUCACGGCACUGUUUGCCAAUUCACGCUUUAGUGCUUCAAUGGUCCAACAAGUUUGUUGCAGAGUCGUGUUUGGGUGGAGGUGGGAGCUUCUGGACGUAGGAAUCAAAACCAAAUGUCGAGGUCGGAGCUAGCACAUACGAGACAUGAAUGAAAUACGAAGCAUGGGCAUGAGCCUAAACGGGAUAACACCAGGACCCGGC